AUGGAUGACAUCAAGUAUAGCUCCAGGGCCCUUUGGAAAUGCGGGAGUGAGGGAGGGGGUAGAAAUUGCACUUCUUCUUUCAUUAUCUUGAGUCUCGCGAUUAAGCGGGGUGGGUGGUCGGCGACAAUACUAGAAGGAAACGAAAUCCGGCCUUCAGGAGGUGUUGGUGUCGCUGGUGGUGGUGCUGCUGAUGAGAUUGCCGUGGAACAGCGGGCUGCAUAUGUUCAGAACUUCCACCACCCUGGCCAUUUUGCUGGGGAUUGGGUCCAAGUUCAUGUCCGGCUGAAACAUGAUGCUGGCGUUGCUUUGGCUGACUUAAGGGGCUUUGAGAAAAGGGUGGGUGUUGCUGGUUUUGGGUUAGGGUUGGAGCUGAAAUUUGGAGUGGGGAGGGCGGUUGCAUUGGCAGACUUAAAAGGUCAGGAUAAGGAGGGUGUUGCUGGGUCUGGGGUAGGAUUGGCGCUGAAAUUUGGAGUGGGGAAGGCGGAUGCUGCUGCUGGGAUGUUUGACGAGAGUUUUUAUGAGACUGAUGCUGAGGUUGGCCUUGGAGCCCCGUGGGUUGGGAUUGUUGUACCUGUUGUGAUACCUGUGGGUUAUAUGAGGUACGGUGGUGCUGGUGUGCUUGCUGAUGAACAUUUGACCCUGCGUUUGUGGUCUGUUGGGCAGCGCUCAUAUAUCCUAGGUUUGAUGUUUGCUGAGCUGGCAAACGGGAAAUGCCACGGUCGGUAG